AUGACGGUUCUGCCUAUAAGUUAUUCGAUAUUUACAAUUGUUGGAUUAAUUGCGGCUGCAACAACAGCUUAUGUCAAUUUAUACAUUUUGAAAACAUACACACUGUGAGACGUUUCUGAGUGAAUACUAACUAUACACUAAUUUUAGUAAAACUUGGAAGAAGAUCGAAUAUCAACUAAUUUCAGUUUGAGUUGUUUUCGAUGUCAUUGGUGGUAGUAGUAGUAAGUAGUAAUAUUGCCAAUUGAUUUUUGAAUAAAAAAAAUCCAGCUACCAUAUUUCAUCUCAGCUCUAUAUUUGCUUCAUUGUAUUCUGAAAUUAUUCCUUUUGAAGUAUCAUUUUUGAUAGCACUUUUUUCUAACACAUUCGCAGAAAUGAGAAGUUUCCUCGCGGCAAUCAUUUCAAUAGAGAGAACAAUGGCCACAUGUGCUCCUAUUAGUUUUUACGUUUAUCGAAAAAGACUCUCCAAUAUUCUCAUUUUUCUAUUUGUGUUGUUUAAUGGUGUAUUUUUCAAUUUUGUUAUAUUUGGAUUUUGCGGGCUUCGACUACCUCUUGAGCCAGGAUGCACAAGUUUCAAUUGUGCAUUACCACAGUGCAGUCGGGUAUCAAAAACUGAUUUUUCUUAAAAACUAUAUUCAUUUGAAAAACCCCAGAUGAAUUUACUUUGUAAAUUUGCUAGCAAUUUGCUUGCUAGAAGUUACUACACGUCCUAAAGUUUCACGAAGUCCCCAGAACUUUCUAAACUUUUCCAGGAAGUUUCAAAAUCCUUCCAAAAAUUUCUGGAAUUUUUCAGAAUUAACAGAAACCUCUCACAUAUUAUUCGAAUUUUAUAGAAGAUCCUCAAACAUUCCAGAACUUUGUAGCAGCUCACAGAAACUUCACAUUGCAAUUUUGAAGCAAAAAUACAAUUUUUCAGUAUUUCCUAGCUACUUCGAGGAUCAUCAUGUGUUUAGUUAUUGUAUGUUUCUCUAUGAUCCUUUGUUUCAAAUUGUGUUGGCUAUCUAUUAAAAAACGAAAAGAAGCCAAAGAUCUUCGCAGAGGCAACUUAAUGUCUUUGACGGAGGGUUUAUCAACACUGAUUUUCGAUAUGAUGCCAUCUCUAAUGUUCCAAUUUGGAUUUGUUGAAGUUAAAGUGAUUUAUUUCAGAGCACACACAACUUUCAAUAAAUUUUUAAUUUCAGAAUUGCGGUCCAGUAAUAGGUGCAAUCCUUCCGAUUGGUAGAUUGGUGGAAGCAUUAAUGAUGGUGAAGUUGAUGAAAAAUGUUACGUACGUGCAGCCGACACAGUUCUGA